GAGAAAUCCUAUGCCACCACUGCCGCGAGGUGCAGCCCCGACCCCAUCUCAUAAUCCGACGACAUCGGCAUUUCUGAAAGAAAUCCACGAUCACUGCGAGAUUCACAAGCAAGCCAACCCGGGUUCGCCGUCAAGAGUACACGGGAGCGGUUUCGGCAGCGAGUGGAUAUGGAAACCAGCUCCGACGCACCCAGAAUCUGGCUCUCUUGAUCAUCCGCAAUUGCGCCGCAACCACCGCUCAGCGUGCGUACGUGCUACAGAGGCGUUCAACGGUAACGUAAGCCAGCCAGUCGCCAAAAUCGGGACAGUCAGUUAGUCCAUAUCGUGCCUCUAUUCUCCAACUUUGUGCCCGACAUCCUGUCAGUGAACUGCAUCCACGAAUUCCAGUCGCGUGCUUCUGCAGCGACAAAUUGGAACAAAAAACGACACUGCCAUUCUUGUCGCCGACUGUCAUCUGCGCAGCCGUUGCUAGCAAUCAUCGCUGUCUUGGGGUCUCCAAGAUCAAGUAUUUCUCACCCAGAACCUGGAGCGAGCAGUAACUACAACCUGGCCUUUCAUUGAACCCUCGAUUCAACCCCUCCAAAAAAAAGAAGAAGAAGAAGAAAAGGUGUUUAGCGAGAGAAAACAUCCCACGGUCGAAUUGGGUUCUCUGCGAGUCGCUUCGAAAGACCUCCCGAGACAGUCCCCGUCCGCUAUAAUGGCUACGACCUUACAACGAUGAUUGCCUGUGUCAACUUCCUCCGCGGACCGUCUUGAUUCUUGCAGCUUCUCGAUUUAUACCAAGGCCGACGUCGACUGUCCAUCUCCUGACAGUUGUCUAGUGUUACCUCUUGCCGACGAGGUCUCUUAAACGAACUUGACUUCUGGAACCAUACUUGGCCCGGCUUGUGUUGCAGACUGCUUCCUCCACUUGAAAUCUUGAAGGUGCACCCUAAAGUUAGCAUGACAUCAAUUCCUGUGUUGCAGACGAUGUCCGGGAUUAAGAAACUCUCAUUUGCUAGUGUUGUGUCUUCUCCAAAGGAGGGCGAAAUGAAUGGGGCCCGCCAGGUUAUGCCCUCGCACGGGAAAUCUCCAGUUGAGCCCAAGAUGGCAGUUUCUACGACAAGCCCUUCGAGGCAGUCCACCAGCAAUAGUCUUGGCAGUGUUAUGGGCGAUGGAUAUGAAAGACAGUCACCACCCGUGGAGAAAGACGCUGUGGAUGACAAGGUUGUUCAAGGCCUGAAAAACUUGAAGCUGGGAGCAAAGCCACCGAGUCUCGUUGUUGAUGGUUCAUGCUCAACAUCGACAGAGCAAUCGAGCGCGGUUGGGAACAGCCAGACGCCUUCGGACGUGGUCUCUCAGAAGGCAGACUCUAACUCAGAAUUUGGCACCAAACCGCCAAGCUUGGACGGAAAGAGCAUCACGUCCGGUACGACAUUCAACGUGUUGGAUGAGAAGGAAUCACUCAGACCCGACGACAGUGCUAGCGUAAAGGCUGCAACCGAUGAAGAUGAUGCAUUUUCAAUCCGUGGCUCGCAGAUUGCGAAUUCACGCAUGGGAUCCGAUGUUGCCGGUCGUUUACGCACCAUUCAGAUAGGCGAUAUGCCCCCAAGGGCCAUCGCGCCGCACUCUGUGUCUGUGGCACAGCCUCGAGGCGCGGCCAUUACUCCUGACGGCGGCGCAUGCGAACAGCCAUCUGCAGCCAGUGGAGGCAAUCCGCUGGCCACCACCCAGGCUAAUCAGGAGUCCUUCAAUGGCUUCUAUAGCCAGAACCCGGACGAGAAGCUCUUGGAGGCAAUGAAGUCUUCAAAAGACCGUAUUUUUCUCUUGCGUUUAGAGAAGGAGGUGAUAGAGUUUGUUCAGGACUCAAAGGAGCCGUUUAUGGACCUGCCGCCGUGCAAUUCCUUUUGUCGGUUGCUCACCCACAAGCUGGCGGACUAUUAUCAUAUGACGCAUUCUUUUGAAGCAGUUGCAGGUGCAGUGCGCAUUUAUCGCACACCGUUUUGUCGCGUUCCACCUUCGCUACAAAGCAUUGCUGCCGCCAAUGAAUCGGCCAGCAGCACACCUCCUCCUGCCAUGCUGCCGCGGAAGAUCAUGCGCCGUGGUGAAGAGGGCGAUUCGGCACCCGCAAGUGCUGGGCCAUCGAAACCAACGUCGGAAGAUGGAAGCGACGCUAAGGAUAAGAACGCCAACGCAAAUCAGAAGCUUACCCGUGAGGAACGCGAAGAAGCCUACAACAAGGCCAGGCUUAGGAUCUUCGGUAGUUCGGCAGAGACGGAGACAUCUAGCCCUGAUAAUGAGGACAGUACUGGAGUGUCUAGGGCAAGUUCGGUAUCGGCAAGGGAUAAGUCUGCACUGGGUAAAAGGGGAAAGACUGCAAAGCAGAGGCGAGACGACUCCGAGAGCUUCGAUUCGCGUUCGCUGUAUACACCCUACUAUACUCACCCCCACCAACCUCACAUGUGGGCUCCAGUUCACGUACCUGUAGGGGGCAACGGUGCGCCGUACACGCCACAGCAGCAGCCUCCUCAGCCGUCCUACGCCCCCAUGUAUGCGUCAUCUGGCCAGCCCUACACAACGUCAAUGACCCCUAGUAGCUACGGGCCCCCUUAUGCACAUCCACCAGCGAACUCCAGCGCUCAACUGAACGCCGGAAGAUACCCAGCGCAAACCCCAGCCCAGCCGGGCAAUUCGUACUCAAACUUAGCACAGGGCAUGUCUCCUCAGCCUUGGCCUCAUCAACAAUUCAACGGCCAACAGCCUCAGGCUCCCUAUCUGGGCCGACCCUUGCCGUCAGGGCCUACUUCGAUGCCUGCAUCAGUUCCUACGUCAGCUCCUGUGCCGGGGCCUGCCCCAAACCCCAGCAUCCCUUAUCCAUACGGCCAAUUGCCAUGCCAUACAAACCCACAUGACCCGAAAAGUCAGCAUCCAAUACCGGGGAGUUACAACAGGCACGGGUUCAACCCCAAGACCCAAUCCUUCAUCCCAGGGACGGGACCAACACCGAUGUCUAUGCCGCAUGGCCCCGUAGUGCCUGCUCCCAGCGGCCCUUUUGCCGGUCCUAACACGGCGCUUCAGGCGGGCAGUCCCAUGAUGAGCGCACCCCCUCCCAUGCAUUAUGGACAGCAAUCCACAGGCGCUCACCCAACUCAAUACGUUGGGAUGACUAAUGGAUUCACCAUGAUGAGGCAAGGUUCGAACAACUCCAUAUCUCAGCACUACCCGCUGAUGGCGCAAAUGCAGCAGCCAACUAUGACCCAACAACUGCCCCAGCAGCCUAUUUAUCCAAUUCAGCAUCAGCCUCCUGGACUUCACCUCACGCAUCCUCCCCAACAAGUCCAUAACCCUCCACAGCGUAUGCCAAACAAGCCCCCAAUGGGUCAGGGCCACUCGGUCGGGCCUACCACCACGUUCACUCAUUUGCCUACGUAUGGUAAUCCCUCCACGCUGCCGCAGAAGCCAUCAACCUAGUAGGAUAGGAUCAGCGUGGUGACACCUCUCCUCGAGUGGAGAACGUUGGAUCAUGCAUGCAUGGAGCACAUUUUGAUGAAAAACCAAAAGAAUAAUGUUUCGUGGCGCACAUGGCGGGCAUUGCUAUUUGAGUUAAAUUACGGGAGCACGGCGGAGUUUAAAUAGGUAGGUAUCUUCAGGUUGGCUAGCGGACGAUGAACACGGACCACAAGCGGCUUUGUCGGACUGGGAGCAUCUCAAAAGGAGAUAACAUGUUUUAAAAAGAAGCCAACAAAAAAAUCAAAGACAAAUUACUCUACA